UAGAAAAACUUUCCAUCAACAGCCGCCAUAUUAGUUUGUUUCGGGAAUAUUGAGCGAUAGAUGUAGAGAAAUCUUUCGUAUUUACCAUUUGUUUUUUAAAUAUCAACCAUAGCUAGAGUUUAGAUAUCUAGUUAUAAGGAAAGUUUAUAGUAAGAAAAUGUAUUUUAUUUUGAACGGAUUGAACCGUGUUUAAAGUUUCUAAUGUAGCCCCUAGUGCGUGAAGUCUAAGUUAAGCGUCUUUCGAUGCCACAUUGCCAGUCAACAUAAGCAGAGCCAUACCGUACACAGGAUCUACAAGCCGAAACGCUUUGGCUAGUUUGGAUUUGAUGGAGGCGGGGGCUGAUCGAGAUGCGUUAAAGACAAUCACGACGUCAAAUCGACGAAAAAUGGCCUGAAAUCGGACAUGUGCACAGCACAGUCUGUAUUUCCGUGUAUUGUAACGCUGCUUGAAUUUUUGACAUUUAAUUAUCCAACAGUAAACGGCAUUUGACAAGAUUAAAAUAUUUAAUGUGGCAGAUAAACUUACUCAACCAGGUUAAUGCGAGAACCUGGCAUAACUGAUAUUGAUAACAAGCUUAUUACUAACGUUAGCUUUAUGCACAGGUUAUUUAGUUCAUAGUUGUUAAGAUACGAAGAUACCUUUAAACUGAGCAAAAUGGCUGAUCUUGUUGACGGAAGGCCACCAAAUAAACGGCAAAAAUUAUCUGAACCAACGCUGUCAACAUCGGAUGGCACAGAUUUCAAUUUGGGAAACCUGUGGGAUUUGGAGAAGGAACUUCCAGAAGAGUUGGAUGCUUCAAAUAUGGGUUCUGAUCAGACUUAUCAGUUGCCAUCCAGCUCUCGCUCCGGUCAAAACAUGCAGAACGGUGCUCUCGACUCACCACUGAACCAGGGAGAUAUUGGUGUUAGACCACAGCAGUUGUCCCAUCUACUACAAAACAAGGCAGUGGUGAGCCAUGGUGCACUUCUGAGUUCCAAGAGUCAUACAGGAAUAUCUAGCAACCACACAAUUUCUAAUCCUAAUGUGUUACAUGUACAGAGUCCUCAUUCAAACAUGUCCUCUCCUGGUAUAAUUGGUAGUAGAGCAGGGACUCCGGUGUCUAGUGUGGUUCACAAUCACACCAUGAGCUCUGUGAACGUAACAGCUUUACCAAACACGCUGUUGAGCAGUGGGUCGAAUAUGUCGAUUGGUAUUAAUCCAGCGGGGAGUAUGGUUUCAGGGGUCAAUAAAAGUGGACUAGUAACCCCCCAGGGAAAGUUGUUGGACACCAUUACAACAAACAGUAUACCAAUACACCUGCAGCAGCAACAACCGAAUCAUCCACCCAAGUUUACCCAGUCUCAGUUACAGCAUUCUUACCAAACACAGCAACAACUUGACGGAGGAGUCAUGAAUGGUCCUCACAUGACUCUGAACAGUCCUGGAUCACUGCGCAUGCCUACCAGUGGUGUUUCAACAAGUGGCAUGACACACAACACCAUGUUAGCUAGUGCUAUCCCUCAAAACUCUGCACAUCAGAACCCCCUUAACCAUCUUACUAUCAGCACUUCUCAACCAACACCAGUAAUGAAGGGUCCAGGAAUAAGUCCCAUGAGACAGAUGACCGUGUCUGGAAACAACAUGCCUGUAUCUAGAACUCAGUCUCCUGGUUUGUCUACCUCUGUAACUUCAGUCUUAUCUGGAGCUCCUCGGCUACUUAACACAACAGCGGGAAUUAACAUGGGUCCACGUUUCCAGUUGCCUGGGAAUGCACCUUUAGAAAGUCACCUAAACCAGCAGCCAAUUAGUAAUCAUAACAUGUCUACACCUCAGACUGUUACGCAGGGACCACAACCUCCGCAAAACCCUUCUAGUACGCCUAAUUUAGGUUCAGGGAACACGGCUCCGCAAGGUGGAGGAAAUCCUGCAACAGCAGAUUCUGAAAAACGGAGGUUGAUCCAACAACAGUUGGUAUUACUGCUUCAUGCACACAAAUGCCAAAGACGUGAAAAUCAAGCCAACGGAGAAGUUCGUCAGUGCUCUCUUCCUCAUUGUAGAACUAUGAAAAAUGUUUUGAAUCACAUGACCACCUGUCAGGCUGGAAAGUCCUGCCAAGUGAAUCACUGUGCUUCAUCGCGACAAAUUAUUUCUCAUUGGAAGAACUGUACAAGAAACGAUUGUCCCGUUUGUUUACCCUUAAAACAAGCAGACAGGAAACAGCAGCAGUUGGCUGGAACAUCAGUACAGCAGAACCAGGCAAAUCAAGGUCCCGCACCAGCUGAUAUGCAGAGAGCUUAUGCUGCUUUAGGCCUUCAUUACACUGCAGUAGGAAGCAAUAAUGUAACUUCACAAAUUAUGCAACAGAGACUUGGACUAAGCCAGACACAGGGGGUUAGUGAGAUGCAGAACAUGAACUCCUUGUCAGCUAACCAGCAGCAGCAACAACAGCCACCCACUACUCGGCAGGGUCAGCUGCAGCCUCAUGCUGUUGCACCAUCUAACCAAGGGCCUCAGUCUCAGGGGUUCAUCAGCACAAGUGAUGCUUCUCAGAUCAGCUUGAUGGGAAGAAAUCUGAUGUCAACACCUACAUCAGUAGGUCUGUCUGGUGAAAUAUUGAGCCAGAUAUCAUCUGCAGUACAUGCUUCUCCAGCAGAACCUUCUUCAAGAACCAAAAUCUGGCACCACUCUGUAUCUUCUAACUUGAGGGAUUGUCUGGUACAAAAAAUAGUACAGACAAUCUUUCCAACUCCUGAUCCAUCUGCCCUUCAGGACAGACGAAUGGGCAAUCUUGUUGCAUAUGCUCGUAAAGUAGAACGGGAUAUGUUUGAGGAAGCCAACAGCAGAGUGAGUGUUUUUAAAUAUGUAAUAAUAAUUAAAA